AUGAUGAGACUCAGUCUUCUUGCGAUGACUACAUUGGCAUUAACGUCUAUUGCUAGCCCAGCACCUGUCUUAAGGUCCAUAACAUGCCAAGCAAGAGAUACGUCUACGAUUGAAGCUGUCCAGGCUAUUGAAGAUGCUGUUGGAUUCAUUGACUGGCUGGACAUCAUGUUCAUCAGUCUGCCGAACGGUGAAACAAAAUGGCUCGAUGCUUUAUGGGAAGUAGUCUUCCCUCAAGGUGGAUCAUCCCCUCUUAACGACUGCGGCACGAUUAACGGUCAAUGCCCAAUUGAAAGUCUGUGCUCUAAUUACCCUAAUGAAAUGUCAUAUUGGGUUUUCCAUGAGACUGACGCUCUUGUGAGCAAGGUCAAUAUUGUACACAGCACACUAGAGUGGAAUGGUUGGCUUGAUAGCCUCACCAUUGACCAGAUCAGCGAAGACUUUUCUUCUCCUCCCCCGAGUACACAGGCCACUCAGUGGCUCUCUGCUGCCUUUUCCAUGGCCGGUGGCAUUGCUACUGGGGUCGGGAUUGGUGCUCCUCUCGAAGGGAUGAUUGGGUUUGCUGCUGCAGGAUUCACAGCUGUCAGUCUUUCAGCUGACAACGGCGCUAUGGUCGACACACUCUCUCUCGAAGCCACUCUGCGAAACAUGUCCAAGGCUGCUGGUAAUUACGUUGCAACCAUGCUGUCGGAUGCGACGGGGAAUGGUGAUGCUAGCGCUCUUCCUGUUUAUACCGAUACGACAUAUUCUCACGCCACUUCAAGAUUCCUUUACGAUAGCUGGAUUCUUCUUGAUAAUGAUAGUGCUAAUGGCUCUUUCACUAAUGCCAUUGGGAACUUUUCCGCAAAUAUAGUGAGCUUGCGCCAAGUUUAUUGCUAUCUUUCUCUUGACCUCUGA